AAUAUUGUACAUAUGCUUCUGUAAAUGGUUCCGUUAGCAUACAGCAGAGUGGCGCAGCGGAAGCGUGCUGGGCCCAUAACCCAGAGGUCGAUGGAUCGAAACCAUCCUCUGCUAAGGUUUUCUUCAGAUCUGUUAAGUUUAGCUUAUAUGUUGGAUAAAGCGAAUUUUCCGUGUUCAAUUCAGCAUUUUUGCAAAUGGAUUCAAGCACCGUGCCAUACAAAACCCUUACAAAUUUUACAACUAGCACAGGGGCGUAGACCUACUUAUUUAAAGUGUACUGGGUAUUGAUGCAUCAUCAGUAUAUGUAUCUCUAGACAGCAUGUGGAGAAAGCCUAAAGAGCACGGAAAGGAGACUGUAACUUGCCGGAAAACAAUUACAAAUAGAAACACAACCGCGGAUAAUCUAUAUGGCUACCCAUGAAAUGAAGAACUAUAGUUUUUUCUAAGAAGCGCUUCUCAAAAUGUGAUCAUAAAUUGAUGCUAACAAGACUAAAAAGCAAACGCUUAUGACAUCAGCGCUAAAGCUUUAAGGAGGUGGUCUCCUUAGCUACGAAAGCGCCCAGAAUUAAUGCGCAUGUUACUACAUUAAAGUAAUGUGGAGUCAAGUUCCGCAGUAUGAUAAAGGACUAUACGUGGCACGAGAGACGGUGGGGCUGGAUUAAGGAGACAAACGGAGGUCCCACGGAGCUUCACCUAUGCACCCAACAAUUUGAAACUGCUUUCAGAUCAGAUUUUUGGCAAUCAUUUCAUUCCGCAUUUCCCACAUCUUUUAUGUCUUUUGAUUUGGUCCUUAGCCUCCUGUGGGUUUUGUUCCACCGCCUGCAAGCCGGAUCCAGGUAAGCAAAUGCUUUAUGAUGACUUAAUAAUUGCAGGUGUACGGGUGACGGACUAGGACAAAAAUGUUGGCCGGCUUGGGGCCCGAAUGAUCGAACCACGGAAAGUUUUGAAAAGUGCUUGUUAUACACAGUUUGCCCUCCAGAGGGAGUCAGAGUUCUGUUUUCACAAGGUAACGGCGAGGUGUACUACAGCAUGAUCGACCAUGCAUGUUCCUGUAAUCACGCAUCUGUACAUGGAGUCAUUACUUUGUUUUUACUACUUUGUGUUACGAAUUCGAGGCAUAUUUAAUUGCGCCCCCAUCCAUUGCAUUGUCCUGCUGAGCUCCAGCCGAGAACCGGCUGUUUUACUUGAAGCUGAGUUCCAGAGACUCCCCUGAGUCACAUAUGUGAUCCGCCUCCAUUCUUUAGGGAUCUCUGGAGCAUUUUCUAAAUUGAGUUUCACGAAAUAUGGCCAUGUGACGGCGGAAAUCGCAUUAAAUGCGAGCCUGGCACAAGGUUGCCGCCGGGGGUCGGGAACGCUGUUGAGGAGAGUAUCCGGAAACAUUUUAAAAAGUAACAAAUUGCAGUGGACUUACUGAUGUAUGAUGCCGGAACAGCAGAGAAAGGCAACCACCGUUAACAGAGAGGGAUAUGAUUGCACAAGCGGUCCCAGUGGCAGAUCGAAGGCACGCCCACUCAUCUUGUGCUCUCAGCAUAGUGUGACUGGGGAGGGGCCAUGUUAAUCAUUGGCGAGGCUUGGGGGCAGCAGUGCAGGCUGGGUGGCCAUGGGCCUGGCACACAGCGUGCAGACAGGAGCUCCGGAAGGAUCCGCCUCAGGUGCUCUGACACUCAAAAAUGGAUAAAUUUCAGGAAAGCCAGCAUACUGGAAAUCACAAGGCCGACAUUCCGAAGCCCACAGAAAAGCGCCUCACAGUCUGCCUGGUGUCCGCUGCCCUGUUCGGCUGCCUUGGCUCCUCAUUCCUCUAUGGCUACAGCCUCUCUGUGGUCAAUGCUCCUGCUCGGUAUAUUAAGGCGUUCUACAACGAGACGUGGAUCCAGCGGUAUGGCAAGCCCGCUGGGCCGGAGGUGCUCACCCUGCUGUGGUCCGUCACCGUCUCCAUCUUCGCCAUUGGGGGGCUCGUAGGGGCGCUGGGGGCCUCUUUGCUCAUGAAGAUCCUUGGAAGGAAGGGAACCCUGCUCCUGAACACCAGCUUGGCCCUGAUGUCCGCUGUGCUCCUGGCUCUGGGCGAGCGGGCAGGCUCCUUCGAGAUGCUCAUUGUGGGCCGUUUUGUUAUCGGCAUGGACUCAGGGAUCGGCCUCAGCGCCCUCCCCAUGUACCUGGGCGAGAUCUCCCCCAGACAGAUCCGUGGCUCCAUCGGCCAGUUCAACUCGGUCUUCAUGUGCUUGGGGGUGUUCACAGGGCAGGUGCUCGGCCUGCCCGAAAUUCUGGGACAGGAGUCACGUUGGAACUACUUGCUGGGAUUUGUGGCGCUGCCCACCCUGCUGCAGCUGUGUGCCCUGCCUUUCCUGCCAGAGAGCCCACGCUUCCUGCUCAUGGAGCGGAGGGACGAGGCCCGUGCCCGCGCAGCGUUUCAGGCCUUCCUGGGUAAGGAGGACGUGUCGGCGGAGCUGGAGGAGGUCCACGCUGAGAGCCGGGCCCAGACCACCAUGCGCACUGCCUCGGUGGGCCAGCUGCUCCGGUGCCGUGCCGUGCGCUGGCAGGUGGUCACGGUUGUGGUGACCAUGGCCUGCUACCAGCUGUGUGGCCUGAACGCGAUCUGGUACUACACCAAUGGGAUCCUUCGGGAGGCGGGCUUUGCAGAGAACACGAUCCCUUACAUCACCCUGACCACAGGGGGUGUGGAGACCCUGGCGGCCAUCUGUUCGGGGCUCGUGAUCGAGCGCAUUGGCCGGAGACCACUCCUCAUCUUUGGCUUCAGCUCCAUGGCCGCCUCUUUCAGCCUGCUCACCAUUUUUCUCAACCUCCAGGCGCGGGUGCCCUGGAUGGCGUACCUUAGCUUCGGCUGCAUCCUGGCUGUCAUCGCCUCCUUCUGUUCUGGUCCAGGUGGGAUCCCCUUCAUCCUCACGGGAGAGCUCUUUGAGCAGUCAUAUCGAUCUGCUGCCUUCAUGAUUGCCGGAACCGUUAACUGGCUGUCCAACUUCUCUGUGGGCCUGCUGUUUCCCUUCAUCCAGGGCUACAGGAAUACUGGGAGACACAGCAGAAACAUACAUGAUAUUUGGUGUGGGGAUGGGAUGCAGGGAAGGGCAACGUGAAAAAUCUGCAUCUGAUGAAGAAGGACAACCUCAACAAAGCAGAGGAAUGUGAAAUCUGAAUAGAUUCCCGUGAAUAUAUCCUCUGGCUCUUAUACAUAAACUUACAUUUGGAUUUUUAUAUGGAAAUCAGUUAUGAUUUUAAUUGAAAACUAAGAAAAAGUAUAUAAUGAAUAUUUUAAUGAAAAACAAAUGCCACCAGAGGGAACUGCUCUCGCUUGGUAAGUUCUUGGUAUCACUGCUGCAGCUGAACAUUUUCCAUUUCGUAAUUUCCAUCCAUCUUCUAUAUCCGGUUCUCCUGUACAGAUUUGUAGCAUUGUGGAUGCAACACAGAGAACAAUCCUGGAUGGGGCGCCAACCCAUUGCAGGGCUCAUUCACACACCAUUCACACAGACACAAUCACGCCAAUGGCCAGUUUGGUAAUUCCAAUUCACCUCAGCUGUGGGGGGAAACUGGAGUAUCUGGAAUCCCCAUGGUAACAUGGGGAGAACCUGCAAAAUCCACACAUGGAGAAGGGGCAGAGAACCGUCUUGUAAUUUCAUAUGUUUUAAAUAUAGUGCUUAGCCGUAAACCAUAAUGUAAUACUUGUUCAUUUUAACCCUGAAAUUCAUGAGGCCAGUCCUUUAAUAUCGUAAUUGUUAACUGAUUCAUAUCUUCAUAAAUAUAUUCAUAUUUAGCCCAUAACCAUUCUGCCCUCUGCUGCCCUAAUGUUGCC